UCCAGGGUAUCCCAGUUUCUUGUUUCUUGGAGUCCCUUGGGAAUACAAGCUCCAAAUACUUCAUUUUCUUCCCGAAAGCAGAAGGUUUUAUUUUUAAAAUCAAGCUGUUUGUUUGGAACAUUUGAACGCAGCUUCUUGAGGGACCACAGAGAUGAAUGGCUUGGGAGCCCGACUGGGAAGACAUACACUCACCCUCCUCCUGCUGUUUCUUUUCCAAAUUCAGAUCCUCUGUCUCAACGUUGACAGCCGUCCUCCUCCUGACGUCUGCUCCACACACACGGUUUUACCGGGACCAAAAGGGGAUGAUGGUGAGAAAGGAGAAAAGGGAGAAGAGGGAAAACAUGGAAAAGUGGGCCCCAUGGGACCAAAAGGGAUGAAAGGAGAACUGGGUGAGGCAGGAGACCAAGGCGUCCUUGGAAAAAUUGGACCAAUUGGUGGAAAGGGUGACAAAGGGCAGAAAGGCUUUCCUGGUACCUCAGGAGGAAAGGGCAGAGCAGUUUAUUCACCAUUCCCUGUAAAUUACUCAGGUACUGUCUGUGAUUGUGGAAGAUAUCGUAAAGUUGUUGGACAGCUGGAUAUUAGCGUUGCACGACUCAAGACAUCCAUGAAGUUUGUCAAAAAUGUCAUAGCUGGGAUUAAGGAAACAGAUGAAAAAUUCUAUUACAUUGUACAAGAGGAGAAGAGCUACAGAGACUCCCUGACCCACUGCCGAAUCCGUGGAGGGAUGCUAGCCAUGCCCAAGGAUGAGAGGGCCAAUCAAGUGAUUGCUAAAUAUGUCUCAGACAGCGGCUUCUUCCGGGUGUUCAUCGGGGUGAACGACCUAGAGCGGGAAGGGCAGUACGUGUUCACGGACAACACUCCACUGCAGAACUAUAGCAACUGGAAGGAGGGUGAGCCCAGUGACCCCUAUGGCCAUGAAGACUGCGUGGAGAUGCUGAGCUCUGGCCACUGGAAUGACACAGAGUGCCACCUCAGCAUGUACUUUGUCUGUGAAUUUGUGAAAAAGAAGUGAUCUUCUGAUGUAACUUCCCCAUGGUUGUGUUUAUGACCAAACUUUUUAAUAACCUUUUCCCUCAAUACAUUUUGAUCCCCCAAUUUGUAAGCAAUCUCAGGUUGAAGCUUGGGAUGUUCAUAACCGUUCUCCUCUUUAGCACUUAAAAAAAAUUAUUCUUAUUGAAUAAAACCCUCACCAGAUAGCAUGGGUAUCUAGGGAGGGUUUAGGCUCUUGCGUGUAUACAAUUUUAGGUUAGAAUUUCUUUUUGAAAUUUCUCUACUUUGUUCCAUGCCCUAAUAGGGGUCUUGGAGGAGUCCCAUGGGAAAUUGAGCAAAUGAUCAGUGAACUUCCUAGUAAUGACUCACUCACACUGACUCUAUUAUAGUUCAGACUCUCAUCACCUCUCACCCAGAAUGUGGCAAUAAUUCCUAAUUGGUCUCCCUGCUCUCACUCUUCCCUCUUCAAUCCAUUCUCCACACAGCUGCCAAAAUGAUAUUCCUCCAACACAGAUAUAACCAUAUUGCUACUUUACUUUGAAGUCCCUAUUAUCUCUAGGAUAAAGUACAAAGGUUUCAGUCCACCAUUAUAAGCCCCCCUACAAAUUGGCUCUCACCUACCUUUCCAUUCUUUUUUCUUAUUAUUUCCCUUCACCCACUCUUCAUUGCAGAUUUCAUAAUAACUAGUUUGACACCACAUUCCAUUUCCUAUCUCAGUGGUUUUGCACAUUCUGUCUCCUGGGUCUAGAAUGAAUCCUGUCUUCACCUCUAUCUUAACAAUCAUAGUUUCCUUCAAAGCUAAAUUCAGUUGCUAGGUUGGGGAAGGGGGUGGUGAUAAGGAAGACAACAGAUAAACAACUAUGUACAAACAAGAUAAAUAUGUGAUAAAUUUGAAGUAAUCAAUAAAAUGAAGGCACUAGAAUUAAGGGUGAUCAGAAAAGGCUUCUGAUAGGAGGUAGGAUUAUAUUUGGCACUUGAAGGAAACCAGGAAAAGGUAAGAGUCAGAGAUAAGGAGGAAGAGAAUUCCUUGCAUGGGUGAUACCCAGUGAAAAUUCCCAUAGUCAAGAGAUGUCAUCUUCAGAUCACAGAGUACUUGGGAGAUUGAAGACUAGAAAGUUGGGGAGAGGGGAUAGGUUAUGAAGGGAUUUGAAAUCCUCCAAAAAGAGGAUUUUAUAUUUGAUCCUGAAGGUGAUAGGGAGCCACUGCAGUUUAUUGAGUAGGGGUAGGGAUGACAUGGUUGGACCCAUACUUUUGGAAAAUCACUUUGUCCCUCCUGAAAUUCAUGUGGCCCUUGAUCCAGAGCUGGAAAGAAUCAUCAAAGUCAUUGAGUCAAUCCCUUCACUUUUCUGAUGAGGAAAAUUGAUUUGUAUUUCUUCAUAAAGGGAGAAUUAAGAGGCAAGCUAUUCCCUCAAUGGCUUUAUAUUCUAGUAGGAAAAAUAAGAAAUGCCAAAAUUGAGAUUUAAAGAAUAGCAAACAUUGGCCAAGUCCCUUCUUUUAUUCCCUUAAUCUAAUCCCCAUUGACAACAAAUAAGAUUUCUUGGUUUUAAACUUAUGUCUAUAGAGUAAUGCUUAUCUUCUGAUACACCGCCCAGCAAAUUAGAACUGCAUCACAAAGAUGUGUCUAGAGAGUUUGAAUGUGAAUUUAUUGAAUCUUGGGAAUUAUGCUUUGAACUACAAAGCAAAUAAGUAAAAAGUUUUCAUGUGGAAUAUAGACAUAGAAAGUACAAUAAAACUAUGCCUAAAUCCUUGUAUUCUGCCAUGUAAGCCAAGGUCUAUGACAUUUAUACAGGCAGAAUAAAUGCUGGGGCAAAUGGAGAUACCCUAUAUUAAGCUUAAACCACUUAGCUGUAAUUGAGAAUAUGACAAUUGGUUAUAAGAUAUGAUUGGAUAAGUGAGCUGAUAAAAUGGAUUGCUUCCGAUGUAGUGAAUUUUACUUUAAUGGAGGACUUAAAGCAAAAUUUGGUUGACCACUUGGAAUUUUUGUGUGUGGGGGGGGGUGGGGAUAGGCAUGGGUUUGUCUAAAUGCCCUCUGAGUUCCCUUCCAAGUGUAAGAAUCUAUGAUUCAAUUUGUUUUUCUUCAGUAUGAUAUCAUCAGUGUGGACACUCUCUCAGAGUAGAUCAUGAAUAAUCCCGAUGCUCCUCAUGCUGUGGCAGAUAACAUUAACCAGGAGGAAAACUGCUGAUUCUUUGAUAAGCUGGUCUUCAGACAACCUAACCACAGCCUAUCACUGGGCCCAUCCUUGUAACUUAUCCAUUUAGUAGCGCCUAAACAAUGUGUGAGACAAGUCUUCCAAUGCCCUGGGAUACUUCCCUGCUUUAAUAAGAUAUCAGAAUAGGACUACAUAUAAGAAAAAUGCAAACAUCUCUGCAUCACUUUCUCUCAAGCGCCCUGGUCUCUAGGAAAGGUGGCAGCUAGACUUCAAGGCGCACAUAGAGAAGUGUUAUUUCUGUUCAGGGCCAGUGUACACAGGGCACGACAUGAUGUUUGUCUGCAACGACUAUAAAAUUUUCAGAUUUUGCAAAUCUAAAUGCCACAAAAACCUGAAAAAGAAGCACAAUUCUCAUAAGAUCAGAUGGACUAAAGCCUUCCAAAAGGCAGCUAGCAAAGAAUUUACAGUGGAUAAUUCAUUUGAAUUUGAAAAACGUAAAAAAUGAACCUGUCAAAGAAAGAUGCAAAUAUUAUCAAGUCUUGUUGCUCCUCUAUGCCAGUUUCACCAAAAUGUUCUACCCCGGUGGGGAAGAAAAAAACAGAAAUAAGGAGAGUUUGUAAUGAUUUGUUUGUAGUUACCCUCUGUUGGCUCUGAGACUCACUGCUUCCCUAAAAACUUAGAAACCAUCUAGUUAAUCCAUUUGAAUAUAACUGGGGGGGGUGUUUUUUUAAAUCAUCAUGACCAUUUAUUUUUCUUUUUUUUUUUUUGCGGGGCAAUGGGGGUUAAGUGACUUGCCCAGGGUCACACAGCCAGUAAGUAUCACCUAGCCGCCCCCCAUUUAUUUUUCCACAGGCUCAUGUUCUUAUUUCACUUUCCUGAGAUUUUCCUUAUAGUUAUAUGACAAACUUGCAUGUUGUUCUUUUUUAUGUUUUCCUUCCAGCUUUUGUACAUUCCAUUUUAAUAUCUAAACUCAUAGGAGAGCUCCCUAUGUAGAUAAUGUUUUUCUUUAAAUACCCAUACUUUUUUCUUCAUCACUGUCUUUGGAUGUAAUUCAUUUGAGUUAUUUUCUAAAUUCUUUAGUUAACUACACAUGUGGUUUGCUUAAAAUAACCUGAUAUGUGAAAACACAGUGAGGUAAUGUGGUAUAGUGGAAAGGACCCUAGCCUUUUAGUCAGAAGAUAUGAGCCCAAUUCCCUACCCUUCCAUUAACUAGGUCAUGUGAUAUAGGCAAAUCAUCUAACAUCUAAAUCUCAAGUUUCCUCAUUUGUAAACUGAGGGGGAUAGAUUAGAUGAUCCUUAGCUGUCCUACAUUCUCUAAAAGUCUAGUUUUUUUUUUACAGAAUCAACAUUUUUAAUAUCCACAUUUUUCUUUAUGAAAAUAUUCAAAUAUGAUAGAGGAAUUUCCCUUACCUGAGAAACACCUAUAAAAAUAAAAUGAUAGCUCUAGUCCCUAUCCCUAAGUGAUAUCAAGAGCUAUUCCCCAAUAGAUAAGUGGUCAAAGACUAAGAAGAGUUCUUAAAGUAGAAUAGUAAACUAUUAACAGUCCUAUAAAUAUUAUUUUGAAUAUUAAUAAGAUGGGAAAAUUCAGAUAAAAACAAAUCUGAGGUUUCAUCUCACACUUAGCAAAUUUGAAAAGAUUACCCAAGAAUGACCAGUCAAUGGUAAAAAGGCUAUGAGGACAAUGAAUGAAUAUAAAUAAAAUUAUUAAGUGCCUACUAUGUUCCAACAACCCCUCUGCUAUGUAUUGGGGAUACAAAUAUAAGCAAUAAGAAUAGUGCUUGCCCUCAAGGACCUUACAUUUUGAUAGAGGAAGAAAACAUACAUAGGGAAGUCAGAUAGAAGGCUGAUUGGAGUCAUUGGACAAAUGAUUGAACACUGACAUGUCCUUUUUAGAAAUGAUGGUAUUGGUUUCAUUACUGUUCUCACAGCUGGAAGGGGAUAUAUGUGGUGGCUUAGCAUGGAAAUACAUAAACUAAUACAUGGGUUGUGGUGACUGUGAAUCAGUCCCACCAUUCUGGACAAUAAUCUAUAAUGCAAAAAGAAAAUGAUUAAAAUGUCAAAACCCUUUAACACAUAUGCACUGCUUUUAGACAUAAACACCCAGGAAGUCAAGGUCAAAAAGAAAGAUGCCAUAUGGACGAAAAUAUUCACAGCAGCACUUUGAAGGUAUGAAUCUUUUAGGAGAUGGCUAAACAAAUUAUAGGAUAUGAAUGUAAUAGAAUAUUGCUGCCACUACAUGAAAUAACAAAUAUGAUGAAUUUGAAGAAAUACAGGACCUGGUGCAGAGUAAAAUAUGUAGAACCAAGAAAACAAUUCACACAACAACCUCAACUAUUUAAAAAGAAAUAGAAAGUGAAAUGAGUGUUAUAGAACAAUAAUACAUAAUCCUGAUCCUAGAGGAAAAAGAUGAGGAAAAAACAUAUCUCCUCUAUUCAAUGAAAGUCUGGGGGUACACAAGGUUUAGAAUGCUAAGUAUGUUAUAAGAUGUGAUUUUCAUGACAGUUUAUUUUGCUUAAAAUUUUUUUUUCUUUUUUACAGGGAACAGACACUAGGGAUACUGGGGGGUAUAUUCAUGGGUGAUUAUGAUAUCAAAACAAGGCAUCAAUAAUAACAAAUAAAAUAUAUGUAGGAGGAAAAUAGAAGAAUCACAUACAUACUAGUAUUUAGUCAAAAAUUCUAUUUCAUAACAAAUAGGAGCAUAAUGAGGAAUUUCAACAAAAUAAAAAGUGGUAGACAAUCCUAUCUGGAGACCUCGGUUCAAGCCCAAGUUUUAUUAUUGAUUAGCCAUGUGACCUUGAAAAACAUCAAAUACUGUGUGCCUCAGUCUUCCUAUCUACAGAACAGGAAUUUUUGACUUGAUUUCUUUUCAUAUCCCUUCUAGUUCAGAUCUUCUAUGAUUCUAGAAAGAGGAAUAUACUCCUUGGUACCUGGAAGAUACCCCUUGUUCAGACAGAUUUAUGGUGAACACUGAUUAAAUUUGGGACAGCUCAUCCAGACAAACUAUCCAAAUCAAUUCAUGUUGUGCUUUUGCUGGGUGUCAUCAUGCUUUGUUGUACUGGCAUAGUCAAUA